CCUCCUCCCUCUAUAACCCACCACCAAACCACCACAGUCUCGACAGAGCCGAGCCAUGUCGAGCUGUCAGAGGGUCGCAAGACCUUUAGUGCAGUCUCUUCGACAAGAGCGCAUCUUCCUCCAGGGCGCAUCGCAUUUAUCGCGAUCUUUCUCCAGAAGUGCAGCACGCCAAGAUGAGGAGGGUUCUACAACAACUACUUCUACUCCACCAACGGCCUCGACAACCUCAUUAGACAAGCUAGAGGCCGCCAGCAAGCCCAAUUCAAGCGCCAAUGGAGCAGAACCCGAGAAAUUGCGCAUGAGGGAGCGAUUGAUGGACCGGGAGACUACUACGGCGCAUUGGGCCGAGCGGAAGCUCGUCCGCAUGGGUACGCCGCCGGUUGGUUCGCGACGUCGGCGUGCCGCCAUCCGUACCUCUGAGAAUGUGCCCUUCGAGCAGCUGCCUUACCAAUGCUUCCAGGAGGCACGCAAGAUCCUGCAGGAGGACCGACAGGAGAAGAUCCGGGCUAUCGCAAAAGAGCUGGCCAAGAUUAAGAGGCUGGAGGAAACUCCGGCUGAUCAGGUCCCCGGCGGCGAGUACAGGAAGAAUAUGCGUCUUGCCGGCUUGAAGAAGUGGGUGGAGCAGCUUAAAAUCCUGGCGGAUGUCAACGACCCUGUUGUCAAGCGGAAAUUCGAAGACGGCCUCGGUAAGUUUUUUCUUUUUUCUGGAAGUAUUUGAGCCAUUAGAUGUUGCAUUGGGUUUCCUUGAAUUUUGAUGCGAAAUAUAUAUUACUGGGAUGUGGUGGGAUGAUAGGGGUUGGGCCAUCUUCAAAAGCACCUGAUUGCUGAGUCUGGGGUGGACUUGGCAAUUGGACUGCUUUAUAAAAAAGAAUAACCAACAUUUCCAUUACAUACGACCAUAAGAUCUGGAAAACUCGGGAUCCCGUCCGCUCUCCCAUCGAUAAACCAGAUACUGCCAGAUUAGUAGUUGGGUCGGUGACGACCAGCGAA